AUGUUAUCGUUAUUUUCAUUAGAAGGCCAAGUUGCCUUAAUCACCGGCGGAACUAAUGGUAUUGGCUUAGGAAUGGCAAAGGGUUUAGCGGAUGCAAAUAUUGAUCAGAUUAUCUUGACGUACAGAUCCGAAAAGCCAUUAGAAAAUACAAUUAAAGUUUUACAAGAAGUCAAUCCAAAGGUUAAAAUCAGCUCAAUUGAAGCUGACUUUGGUGGAUCGGAAAGUGAAGAUGACUUGGUAGAAAGGAUUGCUAGAGAAGCAUUCAAGUUGUCAGUAAGCGGAAAGAUUGAUAUUUUAAUUAAUAAUGCUGGUAUCAAUAAUCGUUUUGUAUUCGAUAAGUUUCCUCAAGACAAAUUUGACGAAGUUUUGAGAAUAAACUUGAAUAUCCCUGUUAAGCUUACAAAGGCAAUUGGAUGCAAAAUGUUAGAAACUAAGACGAAGGGUAAAAUUGUGUUUACUGCAUCCUUGUGUUCAUUUCAAGGGGGAGUUGAUUCUACCGCAUAUGCAAUUACUAAAGGUGGCAUUAAGCAAUUCACAGCAGCUCUUUCGAACGAUUGGUCUCUGAAAGGUAUCAGGGUGAACUCGAUUGCCCCGGGAUACAUUUCUACUAACCUUACAGAUCAAAUUGAUCCUAAAAGACGUGAUACACUUAUCUCUCGUAUUCCUAUCGGAAGAUGGGGUGAUAUGGAUGAUUUCCAAGGUCCUGCUGUUUUCUUAUGUUCUGAAGCCAGUAAGUAUGUGACUGGUGAAACAUUAGUCGUCGAUGGAGGCUGGUUAGGUUAUUAG